AUGGAAAAACUUGGGCUUGGUCCAGAGGUCCUUCUACAGGACAAUCCCAGACUCAUCUAUGCUAGACUUACUGGAUUUGGCCAGACAGGAAAAUAUGCCAAGUCUGCAGGUCAUGACAUCAAUUAUUUGGCUUUAUCAGGUGUGCUGUCAAAGCUGGGUAGAAAAGAUGAAAAUCCGUAUGCACCCAUAAAUCUUCUAGCUGACUUUGCUGGCGGAGGCGUCAUGUGCGCAAUGGGCAUUGUUACAGCCCUUUAUGAACGUACCAGAUCUGGCAAAGGGCAGGUCAUUGAUGCAAGUAUGGUGGAAGGAGUAGCAUACCUAAGUUCUUUCCUGUGGAAAUCACAAAAUUUGGGACUUUGGAACAGAUCUCGAGGUGAGAACCUGCUAGAUAGCGGUGCGCCUUUUUACGAAACCUACAAGACCUCCGAUGGAAAAUUCAUGGCUGUUGGUGCCAUUGAGCCUCAAUUCUACGAGCAGUUAAUAACGGGAGACUUAAUUUUUAAUUUUUCAAAAAUAAUUAUUUCAGAGCUGUAUUGGGGUAGGUUACUGGGCUUUUCUAAACAAAAAUCCCUAGAUGAAAACUUGAACAAAAACCGUUGGAAAUAA